AUGGUGGUCUCAGCAGGCACCGAAGAAGGCCCACAAGGAUCUGCUGCGGCAUCGGACUACUAUGACAGAAAAAAGGAAUUAAAGGAAUUUGAUGCUUCGAAAACUGGUGUGAAAGGGCUUGUAGAUUCCAAGGUGGGAAAGAUCCCUCGUAUUUUCAUCCGUCCUCCGGAAGAUCUCCACCAUGACAAGUCUUUGGAUUCCAACCUUCUUACCCAGUUGGGGAUUCCGGUCAUAGACCUUCAAGGCAUCCAUGAAGACGGAGGUCGACGUGAGGAGGUCGUUAACACAGUAAGGGAAGCAUCAGAGAGUGCAGGGUUCUUUCAGGUGGUGAAUCAUGGAAUCAACUUAAAUGUUCUGGAACAGAUGCUUCAAGGUAUACGCAGGUUUAAUGAGCAAGACGACCAAGUGAAGAAAGAGUAUUACACACGCGAUAUCACGAGAAAGGUGAGAUUUAACACUAAUUUUGAUCUCUUUCAGUCUCGAGCAGCUAAUUGGAGGGAUACCUUGCUCUGCGUUAUGGCUCCUCAUCCUCCCAACCCUGAAGAACUCCCUCUGCCUUGCAGGGAAAUUAUGAUGGAGUACUCGAAGCAAGUUAACAACUUGGGAUUAACUCUGUUCAAGCUGCUUUCUGAGGCUCUAGGGUUGAAUUCCAAUCACUUGAGAGACAUGGGUUGUGCAGAGGGCCAUGUCAUUAUAUCCCAUUACUAUCCUGCUUGUCCUGAGCCAGAUCUGACAAUGGGCAUUAGCAAGCAUUCCGACAGUGAUUUCUUCACUGUUCUCCUGCAAGACAGCAUCGGUGGCCUCCAAGUUCUUCAUCAGAAUCAAUGGGUUGAUGUCCCUCCUGUAGAUGGAGCUUUAGUAAUUAACAUUGGAGAUCUUCUACAGCUUAUGUCCAAUGAUAGGUUUAAGAGCUCACAGCAUAGGGUAUUGGCAAACCAUGUUGGACCAAGAGUAUCAGUGGCAUGCUUCUUCUGCAUGCAUCUACAGCAAUGUGAGAGGAAGUAUGGCCCAAUCAGGGAGCUGCUGUCAGAAGAAAAUCCUCCUCUUUAUAGAGAAACCACAGAAACAGAGUAUGUUGCGUACUACAAUUCCAAAGGACUGGGCGGGCAAUCUGCUCUGGAGCAUUUCAAGCUGUGACUAGUGAAGUUUGUUGCUGGGGGAAGAAGAGGGGUUGC